UGUGUCACCGAGCUGUCCGGCUCAUAGGUGGGGUCGUGAGGUUCACGAGUAGUGCUGACAGUGCAGUCUGUAGAUAAGCUUCUCAUGCCUCACAAGCUUUCCCAUACAUCUCCACACUUUUCUCUUGCCAUCAGAUCCAUAUAAGGUCACUGCUGGCUUAUCUCAAAGACAAUAAUACACUUCGACAAGUUGUUUGGCCAAUUAUUCAUCUUCGACACCCAUCCGUCGCAGCUAAUCAGUAUCCCAGACUUCAUAAUGCAGAUUCCCAUCAUCAAUUUUGAAUCAUGGACAGGGUCCUCAUCCCCACAGAAACGACUGGAGGUCGCCCACGAGUUAGUUGAGGCCUGUCACAGUACCGGCUUUGUUUACAUCACGAACUUCGGCAUCCCCGCAUCAGUAGUCGAAGAAGCAUUCGUAUGGAGCAAGAAAUUCUACGCGUUGAGGGAAGAAAACAGGGCUUCAGCAGCUCAUCCACCUGGAUCCAUGAUAUAUCGGGGAUACUCAAAGUUGGGUCAUGAGGUAGUUCAAGCGAUUGAGGGCGAGAAACUUGAAGGGGUUCCAGAUUAUACUGAAAGCUACGGGAUUGGCAGCGACAACAAUCCCGAGCAACCAAAUGUCUGGAUCAACGAGUCAACCCUCCCCGGCUUCCGAGAGUUCUCUUUGAAGUUUCAUACAGAAUGUUGGAAAGCGUCCGAGCUUAUACUUCGAGCACUUGCUCUGGGUCUCGGUCUCCCAAGCGAGGAGUCACUGUUGGCUUUCCACGGCGAUAUUGAGAAUGAGCUAAGCUACCGACACUAUCCACCUAUCAGCGAGGAGAAAGUAAGAAAUGGCGAGGUCGAUCGACUUGGUGCUCAUACCGACUUUGAUUCUUUUACCUUACUCUUCCAGGACUCUCUGGGAGGGUUGACAGUCAAACAUCCUGGAACCGGGAAGUGGAUUGACGCACCACCUAUCGAGGGGGCGGUUGUCAUGAACAUCGGAGACGCAUUGGAGAGGUAGAGUAACGAUUAUCUCACGUCCACGAUGCACCGAGUACACUUACCACCUCUCGAGGAUAGCUACGAUGGAGAAGGCAAGCAGAGAAUGACAAAACCAAGAUUCUCCAUUCCGUAUUUCGUCACGCCAAGAGGAGAUACUUUACUUGAGCGAUUGGACAUCCCUGUGGCUUCUACGAAGCAACAGAAGUACGAGACUAUUACUUAUAAGGAGUUGUGCCGACAAAAGUCAGAAGGUGUUUUCCAGUAUUGAGAUGUUGUCUGGGUACAUCUGCAACAUUUUUACGAUGAUUUAAAAUUGCUGCCCAAAAACCCUCUCAUAAAUCAUGAUAUCACUUCCAGC